UACGGCCGACAAAACAUAGAAAAUGUGAAGAAGAGAAAUGGUACUCGGGAUCCAAAUGAGGAUCUUAGCACAGAAGAGGAAUGUGAGUCACAAACGAUCACGGAAAAAGAUUCUACGAUAACAUCACCUAAAAUGCAAAAUGGGAAUAUAAGUAAUUCGGUGAUAGCCAGGUCGAAAGACUUAAUCUUGGUCCCUGAGCCGGAAAUGCAUAAUUACAAAAAUUAUGUUAACGAAUCGAACCUGAAAAACGACCAUAAACCAUCAAUAAUGGAUGACAAAGAGGAUAACCUUAAUCAGAGAAACUCUUUUGAAACGCAAAUCGGAUUUGCGACAAGUUGUUUGGAUUACAUCAGAGCCGGCGUUGAAGCAAUUAUAGAAGACGAAGUGACUUCACGCUUUGAAGCUGAAGAACUUAAGAAUUGGAACUUGUUAACUCGAACGAAUAGACACUACGAAUUUAUCUCCUGGAAAUUAACAUUUAUAUGGAUAUUCGGAUUCGUUAUGCGUUAUUGUUUCCUGCUACCUUUAAGGAUAUUUAUCUGCUUUGUAGGGGUAUUAUAUCUAGUAUUCGUAACAUUUUUAAUCGGCUUUCUGCCGAAUGGCCGCAUAAAACUUUGGGCGAACAACCAGGGCUCCCUUAUUGCAUUCAGGAUAAUAUCCCGUUCUAUGUCGAGUAUGAUCACGAUCCACAAUCCAGAAUACAAACCAAAGAAUGGAGGAGUGUGCGUGUCGAAUCAUACGUCUACCAUCGACGCCUGCAUUUUAUCCACGCAAACGACUUUCUCUUUGGUGAUGUGGCUGACAGUGUGUACUGCAGUAGUGGGCUACGUUCCCGAGGGUAGUUUCAAGCGGUGGCUCAACUACAAAGUCUCCAUAAUGUGCUUUGCUGUCUUAUCCAGUGCUCUGUCUUCAGUCAUCACCUACAACAAUCCAGAGAACCGCCCUGUCAGAGGCAUAUGUGUAGCUAAUCACACAUCUCCUAUUGACGUACUCGUACUUAUGUGUGAUAACUGUUAUUCAUUGAUAGGUCAGAGGCAUGGAGGUUUCUUAGGAUUGUUACAAAGAGCUCUUGCCCGUGCCUCUCCACAUAUAUGGUUUGAACGUUCUGAGGUCAAAGAUAGAGAAGCAGUUGCGAUAAGGCUAAAGAAACACGUAUCUGAUCCUACAAACCCACCGAUACUCAUAUUCCCGGAGGGUACCUGUAUCAACAAUACAUCAGUUAUGCAAUUCAAAAAAGGCAGUUUUGAAGUGGACAGCAUUGUUUAUCCUGUAGCUAUAAAAUAUGACCCAAGAUUUGGAGAUGCAUUUUGGAACAGCAGUCGAUAUUCGAUGUUACAAUAUUUAUAUAUGAUGAUGUCUAGCUGGGCUAUAGUUUGCGAUGUAUGGUAUCUCCCUCCAAUGCAUAGGAAAGAAGGAGAGAGUGCCAUUGAUUUUGCGAAUCGAGUGAAAUCUGUGAUAGCGCGGCAAGGUGGUCUUGUUGAUCUGCAAUGGGACGGCCAACUGAAGAGGAUGAAGCCAAAGAAGGAAUGGAGAGAAAAGCAGCAAGAAGAAUUCAGUAAACGAUUAAAAGUCGAAUAA